GUUUCUGGGCAGUAGACAGUCAAAUUGAUCGGCCUAUCGGCGCCCGCGCAAGUGGAGUAACCGCUCGACACUUGACCCGCGAGAUAAGCGCAUUCUGCUCGCUCCGCUCCACUGAUGCAGAUGUUAGCAGCGACUUUGUGUUUGGCGCUGGCCGUAGGGCUGGGGCGGGCCUGCGAGCUGCGGCCCUCCGGCGGCGUGGCGCAUAAGUCUCCGGGAGACAACUUCUACCGGCUCGUCGUCAACGGCGAGGUGGAGCGCUACGCCCCCGGCGAGCGCUAUGUCGUGACCCUGGUGGGAUCGCGCACCCAUGAUGUGGUUCAGCAGUUCACCAAGUUCCAACUCACGCUCGACCCGCUGGACCCUGUGGCCCCGAGGUCGCCGGCGCGCCAGGGCCAGUUCCAGCUGUUCGCGGACACGCUGUCGAAGUUUGACGAGGAGUGCGUCAACUCCGUGGUGGAGGCCGACGACCUACCCAAGACCGAGGUGCAGGUCAUGUGGAAAGCCCCGCCUUCGGGGUCUGGAUGUGUUCUCAUCAAAGCGAUGGUGUACGAGAACUCAAACCGCUGGUUCGCGGAGGACGGCCAGCUGACGAAGAGAGUUUGCGAGGACACCACCCUGACGUCUUCAGAUUGCUGCGCUUGCGAUGAAGCUAAAUACAAGAUGGUGUUCGAGGGGCUUUGGUCCGCGCAGACGCACCCUAAGGAGUUCCCGGCGCAGGCGCUGUGGCUCACGCAUUUCUCCGACGUCAUCGGCGCCACGCACCACAAGAACUUCACCUUCUGGGGCGAGGGGCAGAUCGCUUCCGAUGGCUUCAGGUCUUUAGCCGAGUGGGGCUCCGUGGGGCUGAUGGAGCGCGAGCUGCGGCAGCAGGGCAAGCAGCUGCGCUCCAUCGUGAAGGCGCAGGGGCUGUGGUACCCGAAGGUCAACUCCAACACGACCGCCAGCUUCGUGGUCGAUAGGAAGCGGAGCUACCUCUCUCUGGCUUCCAUGUUUGGUCCCUCUCCUGACUGGGUAGUGGGAGUGAGCGGUCUGAGCUUGUGCCUGAAAGACUGCACCUGGGAGGAGUCUAAAGUCGUCGACCUCUUUCCGUACGAUGCGGGAACUGAUAACGGCAUAUCAUAUAUGUCGCCGAACGCCGAGACCCGUCCCAAAGAGCGCAUGUACCGCAUCACCCCCAUGUACCCCGAGGACCCGCGCGCGCCGUUCUACAACCCGGGCGGGAGUAUCGCUCCAAUGGCGCGCCUCUACCUCACGAGGGAGAAGCUCAUACCUCGCAGCUGCGACGAGGAGGUGCUGCAGACCCUCGUGGCUGAGGAGGCGGAUGACACGCAGUCCGCUAACAAACCGGAGUGCGCGGUGUCGGAGUGGGGCCCGUGGUCUGCGUGCUCUGUGACCUGCGGCAAAGGUCUGCGUAUGCGGACCCGCACCUACCGCAUGCCACAGAAGGCACAGAUGUUCGCCUGCGAGCGCCAGCUGGUGUCUAAGGAGAUGUGUGUGGCCGCGCGUCCCGAAUGCGACGGCGACACGGAUGUCAAAACGGACGAGCUUGACCUGGUCGCUCCGGUGGAAGAACUGGGGGGCAUCUGCCAGACCUCGGAGUGGGGCGUGUGGAGCGAGUGCUCGGUCACUUGCGGAAUCGGGUUUGAGACCCGGCGGAGGCACUUCACCAAUCCAAUGGGCCUUAAGAAGUGCCCGCUUGUACAAAUCGAGGAGAACCGCAAGUGUAUGCAGCCCGAGUGCACAGAACGCGACACAGAGAUCUCGGACCCCGCGUGCCCGACGACGGAGUGGUCGGGCUGGUCGCCGUGCUCGGCGUCGUGCGGCGCCGGCGUGUCGUUCCGGACCCGUCUCUUGCUCGUGCCGGGGGAAAGGCAGAGGGAGUGCGCAGCGAGGGUGGAGCUGAUGAAACAGCGGCGCUGCCAGGAGCGGGAGUCUUGCGCUAUCGACAUGUUGACUGCUAAACGCAUCUGCAUGGAGCCGCCCGAGGCGGGCCCGUGCCGCGGCGUAUACCAGCGCUGGGCCUUCGCCGCGCAGAAGGGCAUGUGCAUACCCUUCACCUAUGGCGGCUGCCGCGGCUCCCAGAACAACUUCCUCACGCAGGAGGAGUGCACCAGCACCUGCUCUGUCAUCACUGGGGCCCUCAACCCGCAGGCCAACCAGCUCGCGAAUACCCUUAGCUCCGACCCAUCCCGCGCCACUAACACUCUUGACGGAGCCCCGACCUUACUGGGCUCGUGUGAGCUGAGCCCGUGGAGCGAGUGGAGCCGAUGCAGCGUGUCGUGCGGCGUGGGCUACCAGGAGCGCACGAGGAGCGUGCUGCGACCGGCGGCGCCAGGCGCUCCGCCGUGCAACGCUAAGCUGUCGCGCCGCCGCCGCUGCUCCCGGCCAUGCUAGGUCUUGGUGCUGGCCUCCAGGGUGAGGGUCCGAGGAAGGCACAUAAUAAUUUUAAAGAAACAUAUCUUAUGCAGUAAGGUGACUUUAACGUGAUAAAGCAAAGCUUGGUCUGACUCUUACGCUCGUGUUGACCAAACUUGCCGUCCUUUCUUCAAAAUUAUCUCUGCAAGUUGCUAUUCAAAUAUCGGAAUGAAUCACCCUGUUAGCGACACCCUAAUAACAUGAGGCGCCAAAGUAAAGUAAUUCAUUGAAAUUUAUUUUUGUACGAAUACGAAUUAAUAUCUAGUGUUUUAUAAUAAAAUUACGCUUUACCUUAUUUGUUCUUAGAAUGCAUUGACAUUGAAUAACUACCAAUAGGUACUUGUUCACAAAUCAAUAACAAAAUUUUCUACCUCUGUCAAAGCAUUUAUUUUUAAGAUUUUGCCAUGAUAACAAUACC